AUGGGCUGCCCGUUGCUGCUGCUCCUGUUUCUCCUCGUUGCUGCCGACGUCCAGGCCCAGGGCGAAGCUGUGACGUGCGCGAUCAACGGGCCGGCCCUGUACUCGGCGGAGACGGGCUGCUACCCGGGGCCAAUCUCCAGUGAUGACCAAUCUCCAGUGAAGUCGCUGCUUUUUCGAACUGAUUACGACGGGUAUCAGGUGAAUUAUGUCACCGACUCGUACCUCAAAAUGUGGAAGAACGGCUACGAGGCGAGCUGCGGCUUGAAGAACGCCCCGAAGACGGGCGCCGUCUUGCCGAAGCUCGAGCGCGAGAUGGAUGAGGUGUGCGACAUAGCCCAUCCGCCGUGGCAUCCGGUGUACGGUUGUGUGGAGGUGGAGCGCGAGAUGGAGCACCAUGACCAAGGCCUCGUCUUCUUCGAGAGGGUGCUGUUCAAUGGGAAGUACAAGUCGAUCAGAUAUGCGUGCGCCCAGCCGAGCACGGCUCCCUACCACGUCUCCUUCUGCGACAACGGGAACAUGACCGGAAACAAAGACCCCUACAUCCCCACCGCCCCCACCACCCCCAACGGCAACUGGCCCGACAGCAUGGGCAGCGUGCUGCACAGCCCUGUCAGCCCCGGAUUUUUCGCGCUGUUCGACGCCUACAAGAAGAGCAUAGAACCACUGGCCAUGCCCUCGCCCACCUACGUCAGGGACGAUAACCAUCAGUAUCCGGAUGACUGGCGGAUCACGAUCGCCACGGCGCCCACCACCACCACCACGAUGACGACCGAGGCGUCGCAUGGGACCAACCCCACUCGGCUCGUCGUCACCGAGCCCAGUUGGAGUGACGAAGGAUGGGUGCAAUCGCGUGUUUUCGUGCUCUGUGUGGUCGCGCUGUUCGUGCUCACUGUCUACUUCAAGAAUAAGAAAUACGAGCCACCCCCACCAGUGUCCUGGCUGGAGACGUCGACGCCAGAAGAUGCCCAACGCCCCGAAGACUCUCAAAAUCCCGCGAAACCACCCGACACCAUGGUCAAGUCGGCCAGGAGCAGCGUCAUCGUC